AACUCACAGUCUUUAUUCACCCAUCACAGACCACUCAGAACUUAAUCCACGCUUAUCUUUAUCUUCCCUUCCUUCCUUCAUAUCCAGUUUCCAGUUCUAAGUUCUCAUUUAAACCCCCUGCACUAUUUUCCCUUAAUUUCCCACGCAGACACAUUUUACCCGUUCAUUUCUCUCUGCAGUUACUCAGAUUAAGACACGUUGCUCUUCUGAAGUCUGAUUAUUUUAUUUUUAUUUAUUUAUUUUUUCAAAGGCCACUAGUUUGAUUAGCCAUAUUCUCAAGGGUGUCUGUCUCUCCUGGUGUUUAAGUCGGAAUCUUGUGUAGACGCUUUUGAAUACCGGCGUGACUUCAACUAUAGAGCCUUUUGAAAGCUGUAGAAGUGCGGCGCAGUGUCAGAAUAUAGUCCUCUACCUUACCCUUUCCAUAUCACUCAGCCCUAUCUAUCCCUUGACUCCCCACGGCUCCCCACUACCUCCCCUCUCCCCUCCUACCUUAUUAGCCAGCCAUAUCACACUCAUCCCGGCCGCCUCACACUCCUCUCCUCCAUUCUUCCUGCUACGACAAUAGGGUGAAAUUGGCGAGAAGAGUUUGAUGGCCAGACACCAAUCGUGUAACAACAAUAACAGGCAAGAGAGAGACCAGAGUUCCCAUUGGUGGAGGCUGACUGGUGCUCUUUCAUUGGUCGUUAGGGGUGUGGCUUCUAUCUCCCUCGAGUUGUGAUUGGUUCGUUAUCGCUAGGACUCUCUCAGAUGCCUGAUAGCUAGUUCCGUCAUUAUCGCCUUCUGCAGAUUAACUGAUUGUGAUUUCGAAAGGUGUACGAGUGCUGAAGUCACUAUCAUCUGCGUCAGGAGGGCUGUGGGACGUGCAAAGGUCACCUACUGCUGCGUUGGGGAAGAAGAGGUAGAGGCGAAGCUGGGUGAAGGUCCAGGAGGAAGGAGCAAGGAGGAAGAAUCACUACCUGACAACUGGAUGGCUCUGGGAUACUGACAACAUCCUUCCAGAACCUCCCUCCCCCGCCCUUCCUCCCGAGACCAACGUGUCCCCAGCACCUCACCGCCACCUCGGCUUCACAGACCGCUGGAUCGCCCGCCUGGGGAGACACGACACACGCCACCACCUCUUCCAUCUCCCGCCCACCCGCUCAUGGACGCACCGCUCACUCCUGAAGAAGGAACGCGUGAAUUUGACUCCUGAGGGCGACGCUGAAGGGAAUUCGUUACUAGACCUCCAGUUUGUGACCAUGGCGCUGCUCUCCUCCUCUGGGAAGUGUGGGGAGAGUGGGGGAGGGUCGCCGCCCCCCGUUCGAGUACUUGGAAGUGGCGGGGGCGGCGGCAAUACGGAUCCCCUGCUGUCGCCUGCCCUGUACUGUCCUGUCCUGCCUCCCUGGCACCUCGCCCUGCUCACCCACCACGCCCUGCACGCCAGAGGACUAUCAGCUGGGACCCCGGCCGCUUACCUGCCCCUCCCCCCCAUGCUGGCCUCCAUGCCCCACGCCCAGAGCCUCCACCACCACAGGGCCGCCCAGGGACUCUCCAGCGGUGGUCUUCUGCAGAGCCCUAUGGAGACGCUACACGCAGGCCUUGGGAGACGUGACCUCCCUUCGCCAACCAAACACACGCUGACACCACCGCUGCCUGCCCGCCGCCUCGCACAGCCACGCCGCAGCUUCACCAUUGCGGAUUUGCUUGGAGGCGGCGAUGAUCUGCAGGAGGACACGAGGGGCGCUUCUUCCUCAACUUCACCCCCAGCAGGAGGCCACGACGCGUCCCUCAUGCAGACGGAGAGUGUGGGCGGACUGUAUGAUGAUCAGCACGAGUCUCCUUCGUCAGUGCACCAACAAGGAGAGUUUCCUGCAGCGUCAGAUCCCGGGAGUCGCUUCGAAUGGCUUCAAUGUACGCGUUAUCACCCGCCCAAGCUCCCGCGAGUGAAAGCGCCGUGAGGGAGGGCAGAAGAGAAAGCUUGGGCGCAAUCCCCGCGUUCCCUUCUCCUCCACGCAGCUGGCCGCCCUUGAGACCCGCUUCAGACAGUCCCAGUACCUCUCUUCCUGCGACGUGGCAGACCUCUCCGCCCUUCUUAACCUG